ACACAAACACAAAACACAUUGUGUUCUUCCAUUUUGCGAUCCCGUGAAAGCCUUGAUAAAGUGUUGACCAUCGCCCAUUGUGUACACACUGUCACGUCACUUUUGACUGCAAAUGUUGGGGAGACAACCACGAAAAUGCCGACUACAGCACAGGCAACUGCCGUAGCAGCUGCGGUGCUGUAUGGGAGUCUCUCAUUGUCAAUGGCAUUUGUCAACAAAGCUGUGAUAAGUCAAUAUAAAUUUAAUUACCCAUUCUUUCUUAUGGCAUGUCAGAUGCUGUUAACAAUGUGUGUCCUGGAGGCUUUGCGUGCCUCAGGAAGAGUAUCCUUGCCACCACUCACAGUUGCAUCUGUAAAAGUUUUCCUUUUACCGUCUUUGUGUUAUUCUUUGCAUGCAACGUUGUCUCUGUUAGCACUUGAAGGUAUGAACAUUCCAAUGUAUGGAGCUUUAAAGAGAUGCACCCCACUAGUCAACCUGCUAUUGGCAGUUGUGUACCUUAAGAAGCCUUUGCCGUCACCUCUACUUAUUACGUCAGUCUUCACUAUCACAUUUGGGUGUUUAAUAGCUGGGCUCUCUGACCCAAGUUUUGAUGGGUUUGCAUAUACUAUGGGAAGCUUAAGUGUUGUGACACAAGCAGUAUACCUUACAUUGGUUCAGCAGUGUGGAGAGAAUCAGUUCUCUCCUCUGCACAUCCUUCAUCUUAAUAGCUGCAUCUCCUUCACUCCGUUUAUGCUCCUGACAUUUGCCUUUGGAGAGGUGGACAAAGUUUUAAGAUUUGAAUAUUUUAAUGAUACAAGAUUCCUAAUAAUCUUGCUGGUGCUACUAGUAUUCGGCCUCUCGCUUAAUUUCUCACUGUUCCUGUGCACAAUGCUCAACUCGGCUUUAACUACCUCUAUUAUUGGUGUUAUCAAGUCUGUCCUCCAAACAAUCAUUGGCUUUUUCGUCUUUGGGGGUGUGGUGUUUGAUCCUGUCAAUUUAACUGGCAUUGUGUUAAACACGGUGGGAGGCUUCAUGUACACAUAUACAAAAUACAAGGAGGAAUGGAAAAAAAGAGUUAAGAUAGACCUAGGUGAUGCUGGAAUACAGCACACUGGGUGGGAGCUUAAAGAAAAACUUGGAACUAAAAGGUGAUGAAGUUGUACUUUGACAGAGUGAAAGUAAGUGCUUGGGAUGUUUCUAUUUGUGCG